AUGAGGACGAGGAAGAGUGAGAUGCAGCUUCCACCCGACGUGUGGAAGCUGAAGCUCAUUUUGAUGAGCUCAAUCAGAAACUUGAAUGGGAGAUUUGGUUUGUGUCCAAAUUCUCGUGUUGAUAUUUUCAUUUCUUUUUCUCUUGGGCAGCUCAUUCUCUCCAGUUGGGGAGGAGGCUACAAUCUGCAGUGCCAAGAUCUCACCAGUGCAGGGGAAGCUGAUGUCCGGGUAGCCAAAGUGUUAUGGUGGUACUACUUCUCCAAAUUAAUAGAGUUCCUGGACACAAUUUUCUUUGUUUUGCGGAAAAAAACCAGUCAGAUUACUUUUCUCCACGUGUAUCACCAUGCCUCUAUGUUCAACAUCUGGUGGUGCGUUCUGAACUGGAUACCCUGUGGGCAAAGUUUCUUUGGACCAACGCUGAACAGUUUUAUCCACAUUCUUAUGUACUCCUACUAUGGGCUUUCUGUGUUUCCAUCUAUGCAUAAGUACCUUUGGUGGAAGAAGUACCUCACACAGGCUCAACUGGUCCAGUUUGUGCUCACCAUCACGCACACCAUGAGUGCCGUCGUCAAGCCCUGCGGCUUCCCCUUUGGGUGUCUCAUCUUCCAGUCUUCCUACAUGCUUACCUUAGUCAUUCUGUUCCUGAAUUUCUAUGUCCAGACAUACCGGAAAAAGCCAACGAAGAAAGUGGUGGAGGAGCCAUCUGCAGGGCUAGAAACCAAGAACGGCUUUUCCAAGGCCCACGUCCCAGCGACUAAUGGAGUGACAACGACGAGCAACAAGAAAGCGCAGUGAAAACGGACCAGCAGGAAAUGCCCACGGAAGAGCCUCCCGGAUUCGCUUGUUUUAAAGCAAAGACUGAAUUGAAAGUUACACAUGUUUAGCAUAAACUAAUUUCGUUUGAGUUUCUAAAUCAUUUGUACCCAGAAUGUAUUAAUAUAUUGCUAUCAGGUAGCUCGUUAACCGCACGCUUUGGUCAGCACUGAGAUGCUGCUGGGCUCCGUGGACCUCAGAGCCGGUACCGCUCCUCCCUCCCCUGCCCCCUCCCUCUCUCCCUGCACAUCCUCCCUCUAACACCGCCCCCCCACAAAAAAAAAAAAGUUCUACAACGCCUUAGACACAUACAAAGCCAGUAACCUGGAGCUGCUUCUCCCAUUCCCCACCCCCGACAGCAAGUCUUUAAAAAGAGUUUUGUUCAGAUUUAAAAUGUUUACACCCAAAUGUUAAAUUCUCCUCCCAACGCACAGGUGUGUUCUGAUGCACAUGGAGCAUAGUUGCCAGUGCCUAAAGUCCUCGCUCAGACCGCCUGCUCUUCCAGGAACCAAACGCGGGACCCCGUAACGGAAAUAAAUAAAUAAAUGGAAGACAGAAAUCUAGCGAACUCACUCUCCUAAGCCAGAGCCUGUCUAUCAAAUUCCCACGCCACUUCUGUGAUUCUCCACUUGGUGCCGUGGUGAUGACAUUUUUAUACUGUAGAUUUCAUUUUUCUAAAACAACAACAA